CCCCGGACAGGACUCCGCCUUCUCCCGGCUCUCAGGCCGGGCCCGCUGCGCGAGGCCGCGGUCGCUGGCCCGGGCUUACUGGCCACUGGCGCCGCGACCAUGGAGCGCCCCGACGCGGGAGGAUUAAAUUCCAAUAACUGUGAAAAUAUUGCAAGAAAAGAGGAAAUCUCAGGAGAGCUUGAAGCUAAUGCCAUGGAUUCUCUGAUAAACAUACCACUUGCUACUAUAGAUAUUAGAGAUGAUUGUGGAAUCACUGAUGCACCGCCAAUAAACUCAAAGAGAAGUAAAGAAAAUGAAGAGAUCAAGAAUGAUCAAGUAAAGAAGAGGAAAAGAAAACAAAAAGAUUACCAACCCAACUAUUUCCUGUCCAUCCCAAUCACCAACAAAGAGAUUAUAGGAGGACUUAAAAGUCUGCAAAAGGCAAUAAUACAACAAGAUAAGCAACUCUCCAAAGCCAUGGUUGGUGAUGGAUCCUUUCACAUUACCCUGUUAGUGAUGCAAUUAUUAAAUGAAGAUGAAAUAAACAUUGGUAUUGAUGCACUUUGGGAAUUAAAGCCACAUGUUGAAGAACUUCUCCAGGGAAAACAUUUGACAUUGCCAUUUCAAGGGAUUGAUACUUUCAGAAGUCAGGUUGGCUUUGUGAAGCUGGAAGAAGGAGAUCACAUCAAUCUACUUUUGGAGAUAGCAGAGACUGCAAAACAGACAUUUCAAGAAAAAGGCAUCCUGGCAGGAGAAAACAGAAGUUUUAAGCCUCACCUGACCUUUAUGAAAUUGUCAAAAGCACCAGUGCUCCGUAAAAAUGGAGUGAAAAAAAUAGACCCUGAACUAUAUGAAAAAUUUAUCAACCACAGAUUUGGAGAAGAAGUGUUGCAUCGCAUAGACCUUUGCUCCAUGCAGAAGAAGAAGCGUAGUGAUGGUUAUUAUCACUGUGAAUCUUCAAUUAUGAUUGGCAAGAAACCUAUUGGAAUCCAAGACUUAAUUAAUGAAGCUGUGCAUCAAGAAAGGAUGAAUCUGAAGUCCAAAGUGAAACAGAUAAAGGAACUUUUAUUAAAGCCUGAAAUUCAGGCCAAAAUUAGAAGGGAGCUUUUGGAAGAAAUAUUUAUAAAUAAAAGUAAUCAAGCAAAUAAUGUUGAUUUCAUUGCAGCUUUGAUAUAAGCCCUACAUUGCUAUUACGGUAAGGUAGUUUAUGAAAUCUUUUUAGCUUAUUAUAUAGCUCUUUGGUAUAAACCAAAGUGUCCUGAUAGUUUCUAUAUAACUGAACCAACUUUUGGUAAGGAGUUAAUUUCUUGCUAAAGAAAACUGAUUUUGCCCUAUUAUUUUUUUGAGCUAAACUCAUGUUUUAGAAUGUUUAUUUUCUAUACUAUUGAGUCAUUUUUUAGCAAUGACUUUUUAAUUAGCUGUUGUGAUGUUCUUUGGGGCUCUGCAGAUAAAAAAUACAGACUGUGAAAAAUCUCUUAUAGACAAAACAAAACCAUCACCAGUAUUUUAAGGGUCACUCGCCUCCUGUUGGCAUGAUUAACCCAUAGAAGCAUUGUCCAGGUGUGUCUGUAUCUAGUAUUACUUUUAAUGAGAAUUUGAAUGUUUAUUGAUAUUAGUAUAUGAAUGAAUAUUAUAAAUUAAUAACUGCAAUCACUGGUUAAGAAUGUUUUAUAUCCACAUGUAUUUUCACUGAUCAAAUUAUAGUAUGUUUUAUUAUUUUUUAAUAAAUGUUUUUUUCUAGUUUUCUGAAGAUAGCCCCAGGUCUUACCCCUUGUGAUUUGAAUUUGUUUGCACUGAUUCAUUUCAUGAAUGUUUUUAUUCAUUCUUGAAAAUUUUCUCCUUGUGUGAUGAUUAUUGGUACCAGUUUUUUCUAUAGUCAUUGAAAAAUUGCUGCUACUGAUAGAUCACAAUGAAGGGGAGAAAUGAUUAGAGAUCAGAUAUGUAAUCAUUUCACAUAUAAAAUCCAGUUGGCUCAUGGAUUUUAGCUAUUUUUUCACUGAGUAAAUUAUACUACAUUUAUUUAUAAAUGAGUUUAUGCAUUUUCACGCCUCUUAAUAAACAUAUUGUUUUCCCUUA